UUUCGUGGAUUUCAUACUAUAAUGCCCCUGAGCAUUUCAUAUUUGGUGACAAUAAUCUCACAUAACCUCUCUUGCAGUCGUCUUACUAAGUUUUUGCAAAAAGAUGGGUUGGGUUCGUGCCCGACCAUCCGUACUAGAAUAUUUCUAACUUAUCAUAGGCCGAAAAAACCAAUAUGGCGAUGGCGAAGAGUGUAGUCGGCCGGCGAUUUAGACUUGAGUUUUCGGGCCACAAGUUCGAACGAAAGGGCACGAGGUUUCUCACAGAGGUACGAGCCGGGCUCGCUACAUUCUUCGCCAUGGCAUACAUAAUCUCUGUGAAUGCUGGUAUAGUCUCACAAACCGGAGGCACAUGCGUCUGCACUUCAACGACGGAUCCGCUCUGCAAGGAUGAUCCGCAAUAUCUGCAGUGUGUUCAGGAGAUAAACCUCGACCUUGUCACCGGAACAGCGGCAAUAUCAGCCAUCAGCAGCUUCGCUAUGGGGCUUUUCGCCAACAUGCCUAUUGCUCUGGCACCUGGGAUGGGAAUUAACGCGUAUUUUUCGUACCAAGUCGUUGGUUUCCACGGAGAAGGCUCUGUCUCUUACCAGUUAGCUCUGACAGCAGUAUUUGUUGAAGGGUUAAUAUUUGUUGGAUUGACCUUGCUAGGAAUUCGCCAAUGGCUUGCGAGGUCAUUGCCUGCGAGCUUGAAGAUCGCUGGCGGUGCUGGAAUUGGCCUGUAUUUGGCACUGAUUGGCUUAACCUACGAAGCUGGAAUAGGGGCAAUAACAGGAGGAACAGCGGAUCCGCUACAGCUCGCAGGCUGCGUCCCUGAACUGCGUGACGCCGACACUGGUAUCUGCAUUGGAGGCAAGAUGAGAAAUCCAACUAUGUGGCUUGGUAUCUUCUGUGGGGGAUUAUUUACCGCCUUUUUAAUGAUGUACCGAGUCAAGGGAGCUCUUUGCUUCGGCAUCCUGCUCGUAUCAAUCAUUUCUUGGCCACGGAACACUGCUGUUACAGCUUUCCCAAAUACAGAAUUGGGCAACUUGAGUUUCGACUAUUUCAAGAAGGUCGUCUCAUUCCGACCUCUCAAGCACGUCUUGGCCGUGCAAGACUGGCACAUCGGGGGCGCCCAAACUAAAGACUUUAUGGUGGCGUUAAUGACUUUCCUCUAUGUGGAUAUAUUGGAUUGCACGGGGACCCUAUAUUCUAUGGCUAGGUUUUGUGGCGUAAUCGACGAAGAUACGCAAGACUUCGAAGGAUCUGCAGUGGCAUAUCUGGUUGAUGCUUCGAGUAUUUCGAUAGGGUCACUGUUGGGGAUUCCGCCCGUGACUGCAUACAUCGAGUCUGGAGCUGGCGUAUCCGAAGGAGGGGCUACCGGGAUGACUGCCUGCGUAACCGGACUUUGCUUUUUUAUCUCCUUGUUGUUUGGACCUAUUUUUGCCAACAUACCUUCGUGGGCAACAGGGUGCACUCUAAUGCUUGUGGGGGCGAUGAUGACACGUGCUGCUGUCGAUAUAAACUGGCGAUAUAUUGGAGACUCAGUGCCUGCUUUCUUGACUAUGGCAAUCAUGCCAUUUACUUAUUCCAUUGCUUAUGGAUUGAUAGUGUUAGUCACGUCCACUUUCAGACUCCACGGCCUUGAAUACUGACAAGUGAUAGUGGAAUUCUCAGCUAUAUCAUACUUAACGGAUCCGCUUGGAUCCUAAGAUGGAUAACUAAUGGCCGUAUAAUUCCUUACGAUUAUGACCAGUCUGACUAUUGGAGUCCAAGACCUGCUGGUGGCAUCCUGCCAGGCUGGCUGAAACGGCUUGCACGAGGGAAACGGGACUUCUGGAGAGAGUAUGACUACGAUGACCAAAUAGAGCAGGGCAACCGACACCACGACAGCCUCCCCACAAGCGACCAAUAUACGGUCUCCGGGUCACUUGAACGAAAAGCCAGUGCCUCCGGCGCUUUGGGAGUGGUAGAUACCACUGACCUCAGCACGCUUGCCAUGGCUCGACUUCGUGAUAGUAUCGGUAUUACCACGAAACCAAUAACCGGGCCAUCCGUUUCUGAGAAGAAUUAAGAGCUCGCGGGGGUAGAAGUAGAUAAACGCAGCCUUGAAAUAAUUCAAUAGCAGCUACUUAGUGCCAGCCAGAAC